CCCAUAUAUAAAUCGAGGCAAGUCCAGCCGCUUUCCUCCUCCUUCUCCUCCUUCUGCUUUCCUCGUUUCUUGCAUGCUUUGCGCCGAAGACCUUGAAGACAUAAAGGAAUGGUGUCAUGACAUAUGGCAUAGACGAAUCAACUUUCUGGUUAUUCACUACACAUACAUCAUCAGCUUGUGUUUGAUCGUAAGUGGCUUCUUCUACUGCCAACCAGGCACCAAUUGGAACUAUGCCGACGCGCUCUUUAUGAGCACCACUGCCGUAACGAACACCGGACUCAACACCGUCGAGAUAUCAGCUCUUUCGUUGUAUCAGCUCUUGCUCAUGUUCUUUGUGUCGAUCCUCGGCAACCAUGUUACUGUUUCCGAGGUGAUCGUUCUGAUCCGGCGACACUACUUUUCCAAACGGUUCGAGGACGUGCUUUUGUUCAACCGCGCCCAACGGUUACGCGAGAAAAACAGACAGCGGUUUAACAAGAAUUUGGCAGACGUGCAUGCCAAGAUGCAGCAAGAGUCAAAGACCAACAGCAACGCAAUGCCCCUCCGAAGCAGUACUUUACCGACACCGCACCACGGGAUCCUGCCACAUUUGCGACUCUCGGCCACCAUGGCCCGUUUCCAGCCGUUUCAUGCGCUGAAAGGAGGAAUAGGACACCAUCUGCGCCAUAACCGAGAGCUGGAAGAGCAAAAGAUCUACGACAAACUGCGCGAGUUGCGUGACAAGGACGCCGAAAGGUCAACUGUUGGCGGAAGUAGUCAUCAAGGAACAUUAACACCAGACCGUGUAAUGUGUCCCAUGUCAACCUCAACCCCCACGUUACGUCGCGCAGACUCGACGCCUAAAGGCAGCAUUCCGUUAGCUACUACCACAUCCGCCUAUACAAUCCCAAGCAGCAACGCGCUGGAACAACAUGUCAGCUCUUCUUCGCCAGCCCCACCGCAGAAUAUUGCAUUUGCAGACAAUAUUGAUCGCCAGCGAAGUGAAGCUCGCAAAGAGCUUGAAAACGAUCGACCGUACAACGAAUUAUUGCGCAGGAUCGCCGAAGGCCGACAUCCAGACUCGCCGCUGGACGACGACGACGACGACGACGAUAUGCUGGUAGCUGCAGAGAUCGAACGGGAGGAAAUUAAGAGCAUCAUGCGAGGCCCGAUUCACAAAUACGAGCUGACACGCAAGCAGCGCUAUGCGAUUGGAGGUGCAGAGUACCGUGCCCUAGACUUUUUAGCCAACUUCAUCCCCAUCGUGUAUUUUGGAACCAACAUUUUGUUUAGCUUUGCAAUGCGAAUCUACGUUGCCGCCGACGAUUAUGCGCAAGAAGCGCUGCGUACUUCGAAUUCAAACGGACCGGUCGAUCCCUGGUUCUUUUCCAUCUUUACUACUUUUUCCGCGUACAACAAUUUGGGGUUAUCCCCAUUGGCUGCAAGUCUUACGCCGUUUUUAAAUGCACCUGCACCUCUUUUACUCUUGAGCUUUACUAUCAUGAUGGGCAACGUGGGUUAUGCAAUUGUGCUGCGGUUCUACAUUUGGUGUUUGUACAAACUGAUGCCGCGUUCUUGGACUAUGGAUCGGGAAACGCUCAGAUAUCUUCUCGAUCAUCCGCGUCGGUGUUACACCAGCUUGUUUCCUGCAACACAGACUUGGUGGCUCGUGUUUGUGUUGGUUGCAAUCAACAGCGUCGAGUUUAUCGUUUUCCUGGCUACCAAUUACUGGCUGCCCGUACUGGAUGGUAUCUCGUGGGGAUCGCGUGUGCUUCUUGCAUAUUUCCAAGGUGUUUCAGUGCGCAAUGCUGGCUUUACCGCCAUCAAUCUUCUCAUGGUCAACCCAGGUACACAAAUCGUGUACAUCAUCGCCAUGUAUGUCAGCAUCUAUCCCAUCGGUAUAUCGAUCCGCAACAGUAACGUGUAUCAGGAACGUGAGUUGGGCAUCUACAGCAGCCCAACCGAUCAAGACGAGAAAACGCUGGGACAACCACCCCCAUCGAGACUGCGUCGUUUUCCAACCAUGAGCAGCGUCAUGACACAGUCGAAAAAGCUCAUUCCGAAAGGGCCUAGCUUUUACGUAAAGACGCAGAUUCAGCGACAGUUGGCACAAGAAAUAUGUUGGGUCGUUGCUGGGAUCUUUUGUAUUUGUGUCAUUGAGGCGCAGAGCAUCAUGUCGCCGGCGCCCAUUACGGCCUUGACGGUCAUAUAUGAGUGCGUCUCGGCAUUUGGUAAUUCUGGAUCGUCUACUGGGUAUCCAGGGGUAACCACUUCGCAGGCGGGUAGUUACCGCACCUUGAGCAAGCUCGUCCUAAUUGCACUCAUGGUGAGAGGGAGACACAGAGGACUUCCGUCAGCCAUUGACCAUGCUGUGCUGCUGCCUUCCGAUCGGUUGGAAGAGAGGGAAGAGCAAGAGCACAGAAUGCGCAGACGACACGCUGAAGUGUCGCAGGACUAUGGGGAUCCCAACAACCGGUGGCGAAGUCGCACGUUUUCCAUGGCGUAGCAACAGCAGUAGUAGUAGUAACGCACUAUCAUAUACCUUGUUUAUACUUUGUUAGACAUCAUCCCCUCGGACACUACAUUUACAUAUACCUUCCAUUUCAUGUACUUUGACAUAUGUUGUAGUAACAGUAUUAUCCAUUGCAUCCAAACAUAAUAGUUGAUCAUCGUUGUGAUGCUCGCAAAACAAAAGAUCACGCGCGCCUUUCUAUUUGCGUAAA